AGUGUUGGCUAGAGCUAUACAGGUGGCCAAGGCUUUAAUCCUAACAGCGCAUUCAAAGAGCUCUUUGCCAUGUCUGACUACAUUUGGUUUGAAGGAAUACCUUUCCCUACCAUAGGGUAUAAAAGAGAAAUCAUAGAAGAGGUUCGCAAUAACUUUCUGAUAAGAGAAGAAGACACGAUCAUACUGACUUACCCCAAGUCAGGAACAAACUGGCUGAUUGAGAUUGUCUGCUUGAUUCAGACCAAGGGGGAUAACAAGUGGAUCCAAUCUGUGCCCAUCUGGGACCGUUCACCAUGGCUAGAGUCUGAAGUAGGAUAUGAAGCAUUAAUCAAUAAGGAGGGACCACAACUCAUCACCUCCCACCUGCCCAUCCAUCUUUUCCCCAAGUCUAUCUUCAGUUCCAAGCCCAAGAUGAUCUAUCUCAUCAGAAAUCCCAGAGAUGUGCUUGUAUCUGGUUAUUUUUUCUUGAGUAAGACAAACUAUAUAAAGGACCCCGGCUCUCUGGGAACGUAUAUCAAAUGGUUCCUCAAAGGAAAUGCUUUGCUACAUGACUGGCCUUUUAGGAUCUUCUGUGAUUUC